CUGUCCCACGUUGUGAUUGCAGGAAGAGGACAGUACUGACCGUCCUCUAGUGAAGUUUGCUGUGGGUAAUUAAAAAUAUUUAGACCUGCUGAACAGCAUGGAGCAACAGUAGCAGAAGGAGCUAACACCCGGGACACAAACGACUCGCAGCGAUGUCAGUAAACCGGUGUACCUACUUGUUUUCUCGGCUUCAGCGCCACAUUAGCGCCCGGGCAGCCCGCAGCAGCGCAGGCAGCUGUCAUGUGUCCUCUGGCUCUGGUUUGUUGCUCAAACAACAUCAGGCUGGUUUUGUGGUCUGCAGCAGAAAUGUCUCAUCUAAAAACUCGUCUCCAAAACCCCCGGACACCUCUCUGUUUGUCCCCAUCCCCCUGAAGACAGACUCCUCGGCAGAUGGGGGUGUGGGAGUAGAGCUGACACAACCGCUCGACAAAAUUGAAAUGCUGAAAGUCCUGAACCGGUUUUAUAAGAAGAAGGAGAUGCAGAACCUGGCAGCAGAUCAUGGCCUGGAUGCUCGUCUGUACCACCAGGCCUUCAUUAGCUUCAGGAAGUAUGUCCUGGAAAUAACAUCACUCCCCGCUGAUCUGCACAUCAUCCUCAGUGACAUCUGCUUUGGAGCAGGUCAUAUAGAUGACAUCUACCCAUACUUUAUGCGUCACGCCAGGCAGAUCUUUCCCAUGCUGGACUGUAUGGAUGACCUGAUUAAGAUCUCAGACCUCAGAGUUCCUGUUAACUGGUACCCUGAGGCUCGUGCCGUCCUUAGGAAGAUUGUUUUUCAUGCUGGUCCCACUAACAGCGGUAAAACCUACCACGCCAUCCAGCGCUACCUGGCUGCUAAGUCUGCCGUCUACUGUGGCCCCCUGAAGCUCCUGGCCCACGAGAUCUUUGAGAAGAGCAACAGUGCUGGUGUGCCAUGUGACCUUGUUACUGGAGAAGAGAGGACCAUCGUGGACUCAGAGGGUCAACCAUCGAGUCAUGUGGCCUGCACCAUCGAGAUGUGCAGUGUCACCACACCUUAUGAGGUGGCUGUAAUCGAUGAAAUUCAAAUGAUCAGAGAUCCGGCCAGGGGCUGGGCCUGGACCCGAGCACUGCUGGGUCUCUGUGCAGAGGAGAUCCAUGUGUGUGGGGAACCCGCAGCCAUCAACUUUAUCAGAGAGCUGAUGUACACCACUGGAGAGGAGGUGGAGGUCAACACCUACCAGCGUUUAACUCCAUUCACAGUGCUGGAUAAAGCCGUGGAGACAUUAGACAAGUUGACACCAGGAGAUUGCAUCGUGUGCUUCAGUAAAAAUGACAUCUACUCCCUCAGCAGACAGAUUGAGGCCAGAGGACUAGAAUGUGCUGUCAUUUAUGGGAGUUUACCUCCAGGCACCAAGAUGUCACAGGCCAAGAAGUUUAAUGACCCCGAUGACCCCUGCAAGAUACUGGUUGCUACUGAUGCUAUUGGCAUGGGCCUAAACCUGAGCAUAAGGCGCAUCAUCUUUAACAGUCUGGUGAAGCCGAAUAUUAACGAGAAAGGGGAGAAACAGAUGGAAACCAUCAGCACAUCACAAGCUCUGCAGAUCGCCGGCCGCGCAGGGAGGUAUUCCUCCAAGUUUAAAGAGGGAGAAGUUACCACCAUGCACGGAGAUGAUCUUCUUGUUCUGAAGGAAAUACUCAGCCACACUGUAGACCCCAUAAAGACUGCAGGUCUCCAUCCUACAGCAGAGCAGAUAGAGAUGUUUGCGUAUCAGCUACCUGAUGCUACGCUGUCAAACCUCAUUGACAUAUUUGUCAGCCUGUCUCAGGUGGACGGGAUGUAUUUUGUCUGCAACAUUGACGACUUCAAGUUUCUGGCUGAUAUGAUUCAGCAUAUCCCACUAAACCUGAGGACACGCUACGUCUUCUGCACCGCUCCCAUCAACAAGAAACAACCUUUUGUGUGCACCUCCUUCCUAAAGUUUGCCCGCCAGUUCAGUCGAGGCGAACCCCUGACCUUUAACUGGGUCUAUCGCCAUGUCAACUGGCCUCUGUCUGCACCCAAAAACAUAAAAGACCUGGUGCACUUGGAAGCUGUUCAUGACGUGUUGGAUCUGUACCUCUGGUUAAGCUACCGUUUUAUGGACAUGUUUCCAGACACUGGCAUGAUUCGGGACAUCCAGCGGGAACUUGAUGACAUCAUACAAGAGGGCGUCCAUAAUAUCACUCGUCUCAUCAAAGCCACUGACCCGUCCAUCACUGGCCCACUACAGACACAGGGCAGCAGACAAACAGCCGGUGACGGCCAAAAAGAUUCGACCAAGAGCAUCGGUCAUAGGGAGCGACUGGCCUUAGGGGGGAUAAUGAACAGCUCUCUGGCCAACCGCCUGGUGAAAGACGGGCUGCUGACUCAUGAAUUGCUCCAGCAGCUGAAGAAGGAGUGGUCAAAAGACUUGUUAAAAGACAAGGAAGGGAAAACAAGAAAGAAGAAAUGAAAAACACACAUGGUCGAUGCUGUUCUCAUGGAGAUCAUUCACUGAUACAAGCCCUUGAUAGUUCCUGGUGGUUUGUUUCAAAUAAUCAUGUUUUCCAGCCAUGGAGGGAUCAUAAAAAAACUUUGAGCUGAAGCUAUAAAAAUGAAAACACCAAAAUGUAGUUUGAACACAAGAGCAUUGUUUGUUGCGGUCAUCUGGUCUGGACUGAGGUUUACACGUGCACACUGGGUCAUUAAAUGCUCUCAUGUGAUUCACUUGUUUUUACAGCGUUAAAAUGUAUCGUCCCAAUUUUAGUUGGAACACAGAAUAGCUCACAGAAUUACCUUAGAAACUAAAUUAAAACUGCUAAAUUAGCCCGACAACAAACUUUACUGGUCUGUCUCACUUGGAUUUGGCUAAGAAGAGAUGGCUGGGUGAUUGUGGGAGAUGGUCAUGUCCUGCCUGAGCUAAUGGCCCAUUGUUCUGACUAGAAAACUGACAAGCAACAUGUUUUAAAAACAGUGAGUCAGUGGAGGGUCAGUCAGUGGCGUAAAUGGUGUUUGAAGAAGCUUUGUUACCAUAAAAUGUUUUGCCUGCACUGUAUGAGUGUCUAUUAGUUUUCUGUCAUUUUAUUUAAAUGUAAAACCUCAGAACAGCAUGAGUAUGUAUUCGGGCUGGGUAUAUACUUUAUUAAGUAUUGACCAAAAUAAAUCCAGUAUCAAAAGUUCUCCAGUCAAACUAUACCUUUCUGUGAUCCUUUUUUGAACCCAGAUCUAGAAAAAAAAAAUCACUUUGUAUGGUUUUGCUCGCAGUCAAUCUGCAUAAGAAUUCUUCAGUUGAGCUCAACGUGUGAUUGGUCCACUACCACAGCAGCUCGACCCAUAAGGACUGUGCUGUUGUGAGGUCGAGUGCUGUGGAUUUGACUGAGCUGGCAGUUCAGCGUUUAUUGUAUAAAUGUAAAAAUCAUUUGCUGGUGACAUUUUACACAAGUGAACACAUGA